AUGGCGGACACGGAAGAACCAAAAGUUGAGUACGUCAUCCGGGUGAUUGAUAAAUAGGUAAACUAUGCAGAACAAUAAACUCAAGAUAGACAUAAAUAUUACACUUCUUAAAUGAGAAAAACUAAUAGAUGCAGAUCUAGAAUAUACAAUCUGAUAUUAUCUUACACGAAAUGAUAAUAAAAACAAAGCUUACCUGGCCUGUUUAUAAUCAGAUGAAUGUUUUUAAAGUUUCAAUGCAAAUAAUAUUAAACAACCAUGAUUAAAAAACAAUCACUGAUGAUGUAGCCUAGGCUUGAAUAACGAUGCCAAGUAGAAUAGUUUGUUUUGUAUGUGGAAGCUUAGGUGGAGAGUUUCAGUUGCACAGUCGACCCAAUGAAGGCCGUGCUUUCUUUCCUUUUCUAGAGCAUCAUGACCCACCAAAAGGAAGCCGCAUUCCUGGGUCUGAUGGUGUUGUGGAUAGUUGCAGGGUGUGCUAUGCUUUUCUCACACAACAAUGGGAUACUUACGAACGAACAAACACACCUGCUAUUAAGCGUCUUUAUUGGCUGAAGCGGUUGGACGAUGGUCAGUUUACUGGGGCAGAGAUGAAGCUUCAAGGAGAGUAUAUGGCUCAGGUGAUGGGCCUGCAGUAUCAGCCAUCAUGUGGAGACAGUUGUGCACCAUUGUCACCAGAUUCUAGGGAUGGAUUUACUAGCGGGAACAGAGAAUUAGACUACAGCAUGAGUAGAAAACAAGACUGUGAUGAGGGGGUCCUAGAUUUAUCUGUGCCUAUCAAGUCUGAGGUAAACAACAAAAGUAAGGUAAAACCAAAUCAGGAAGUAGUCCAUCAUAGACCAGAAGUCUCAUCAUCCAGGUCCAGUUUAGAUGAACUUGGUUUUAUCUGUUACACCUGUGGAGCUGAAAGUCAAGGUGUUGCAGCUAAAUUCAUUUCUAGCAAUAGGCAUGCCACAAACAAGCCAUAUUUCCCAUUUCUGAUGAAGGUUAGUCCCCCAAAAGGUGCAGCACCACUGAAUGAACAAGGCAUCUGUCAGGUUUGUGAUCACUGCUUCUCCUCUCUCUGUCACCAGUGGCUUUCAUAUGAACAUCAGGGCACUCCUAACAGUGCUAGAAUCUUUAAGGUCAAUGAUAUUUUCUUCAGCAAUGAUGCAAGCUUGAUUGCUGGUUUAGGAAAAGAGGUGAAAGCCAGUUCGAAAGAUUUUUGUUAUUUAUGUGGGCAGACAUGUUCUUCUUCCAAGAUGUGUCCACUUUAUACUGCCCCAUUGAGUGGGAAAAAGGACCACAUGUACUUUCCUUUUAUAAGAGAGCUUCGUCGUCCACAUGGGGCACGGCCAUUGAAUCCUGAUGGUUCGGUACAGGUUUGCAUUAGCUGCUUCAGUAAUUUACAAUUGCAGUGGCAUCGGUAUGAGACAGAGAGGGUGCCUUUUCUUCAUAGAAGAUAUUCCUUGCUGCCUCCUACCACAGCUUCUGGGUUAGCUUCCUUAGAAGUUGACUUACAACCUAAACCUGAAGACAUUACAAGCAGGCAGGCACCAAUCUCUUUGGUUAAAGAAACUAGUAAAAGUCCUUCUCUGGCCAAAACAUCUCAUGCAACAUACGUGCAGUCUGGUCAGUUGUCAUCAGCCAGUGCUACUUCUGGACAUGAUUCUAACAAAAACUACAGUGGGGAGUCCAAAUCAUCCGCUUCUGUCCUUAGUAUCCCUCACCCCUUGCAACAAGCUGGUGAGAGGCCUAAGAAGGUCUGCUUUCUAUGUGGAGAAAAAUGCCUCAUAACAAAAACUCAAUUGCUUUACUCGUACCCAGUUCGACAAGAUGCUAAAUCGUUUGGUGGGCAGUCUCACGCUGUUCCGUUCUUCCCAUUUUUAGCCAGCCAUGAACCAGCACCUGGAGCUGAGCCUAUGAAUGAUGAUGGUGUUGUCAUUUCUUGCUCAUACUGUUUUUACAGCUUGUUAAACCAGUGGAGAGACUAUGAAGAAUCUAGAGGUAACACUGAAAGCAGCCGUUGGCAACGCAAAUACAAGUUAAAUGAUUUUGUUUGUUUUGUCUGUGGCAUGAUGGUUCCUCGAAAGAAAUUACGAACUCUAGAAGUUCAGAAGUUUCAGUUUUUACGGGAACACAAAGCUCCACCUCACGCCCUGGUGAUGUGGGGAGGGCAAGCGGUUGGGGCUUGUGGAUCCUGCCACUUCAGCCUCACUCACCAGUACACUGAGUUUGAAAGGCUGGGCCUCCCUCUUGAGUUGCGCAAGUACAACUGGACUGUGCAGCAUCAUAAUGAAGACAAUAGUGAUACCCAGAGUAGUGGCCUGAAUCAUGACAUAAAUGUUUCUAAUGCCAUUGAAGAAAAUGUUACAGAUGCUAAUGAAGAUUCCAUUCCAGGUCCAGUAAGUAACAGGCUUACACUUAACAUAACAAGCUCUUCAUCUGGGAAGUUACCAAUCACAGCCAUUAUGCCAUCAUCAUCUCACAUAUCUCCAAACUCUGUCCCUGGAUCUUCAUGCCUCUCCAGCUUCUCUGCUGCUCUGCGUAAAUUAGCACACCAAACUAAAGACCCUAAUGAGGAAACUUCGGUAAAGCACAGCAGGUCCCCACCCUCACAUAGCAGUUCCCGUUCGACCACACCUAAAAGAGCACAUGGUCCACUGGUUUUCCCAUCUAAAGUCAAUGUAUUAACCCCUGGUGGAUCCUACACGCCUUCUCAAGGCCAAACAGAUACUAAACAGAGUUUUGAAAGAUCAUUAGCUUCUAGCAACACGUCACCCCUUGAGCAUCAGCUACGACUAGAUUCAAGAGAUGGUAGUCGUGGAAGAGAUUCACAAAUGUCUAAUCUUUAUAGCAGAGUUUCAGAAAUGUAUGCAAGAGAUUAUCAUAACUAUCGGUCUGAGGAAGAAGCUGCUCACCAUGGUCUAACUGUUCCGCUGCGGAUUGACCCUGCUGCCUACAUGGCUGCUGCUUCAUAUCAUCCUUUUCUAAUUCAACAGCAAGCAGUCUUUGGUCAGGCCCCUUUUAGGUAUAACUCGCUUGAUGACCCCAUGCUGCUGGAGCAGUACAGAAUGCUGCAGUCUACAUUCAUGCCCUUCUCUGGUGCUGGCUUCCUCCCACAGCACGUUAGAGGCGUAGAUGUUCAUACUAUGUUGGCUGCUGCUGCUGCUUCUCAGCAAUACCCCAUUGAACUUUUGCAACAACACUACCCCUAUCUAAGUCCUAGUCACCCAUUUUUAAAUCCCAGAUUUGCUGCUCAAAGUGCUUUGAUGGAAAGAGCUUUCCUGGAAGAGGAAAACCUUAGACAAAAAUCUAAAGAACAAGAACGGCUCUUAGAAUGGGAGAUAAAAUCUGAGCCACCUCUGUCUGUAGAGAGAGAAUAUAAACAUGAUGUUGUGGAGCAGCUGACAGAUAAACGCUAUAAAGAAAAACAUAAACCUGAAACCCUGGGUAUUGCAACAGCCAUCUCAGAAAAAAGUCCCCAGCUACUGAACCAGCUGGGUGUCUCACACAUGAACAACCCUUUUCUUGCCAGUCCUGCCCCGCUUCAUCCACUUCAGUAUGAUGGAUUAAAACUGGGUUCUAAAGUAAGCACUAGAGAUGGGUAUUUGGAGAGGUCUCUUCCCCCAAGUCUUAGUCUCCUACAAAGUCUUAGCCAGCCACACCUUUCCUCACUUGAAGAAUAUGCCAAGAGCCAUUCUAUAAAGAUCUCUGAGUCUGGAAACAAACUAAAUGUAUCUCACAGCCCACCAAAGAUGGCCAAACUAAGCAGCCAUAGCUCCUAUGCCUUCAGCCAGCACUCAACAAGCCAUCAUCAAGAUAAAGCAUCCACUUUAUCACCACAACCUGCAACUACUCCAACCCAUGGGUCGUUACACUUACCACAGAUGCUCUCCCCUUCUUAUCAGCCUUCACCAUUAUCAAACAACAGAAAAGUUAGAUGUAGCUCAGAAUCUAAAGCACUUUUCAGACCGUUUGAUGACAAGGAGACAUCUAAAUCUAGUACAGGUGAAAUCAAGUCAGAUGACCAUGUGAACAGAUCCUCUUCAAAUAUUUAUUUAGGGUCUUUGCUAUCAAAUACUUCUACUCAUACACCCCAGCCAGCCAUUCUGUCUAUCCCUUCAAUCAAGGUGUCAUCCCAUAUCUCAAAUUCACAAGCUGCCAUUGAAAAACAACCUCCACUAUCAAUAACAAGUGACAGUAAAAUAGUUGACCCUAUAUCAAGUUAUGUUCGAAAUAAAGUCGAGAGAUUUGAUUUCAAAAGUUUAGCUCGUGAGUGCACUUCUGCAUCAGUUUCUGAAACCACAACAGCAGGAGAAUCCCAAAGCUCAGGAAAUGAAACUGCAACAGCUGAUGACAAACAAGCUCAAUUCCUGAGUAAGCUGGAUCAUGAGGCAAAAAGGAGAAGCAAAAGGAAGUUAAAAAGUGAUGCAGACUCAGAUAAUGAGAUGGAUGUUGAGGACAGAAUGAUGAUACGCCUAACAAUGAUUGGAAGAGUCACCCCUAUUCCAUUAGACGUUUGUCCUGAGAAAAUGGAGGUUUUGGAGUACCUUGGUGUCACAACAUGGGAGAAUAAAAACGAGUUAUUGAGACAAAAAGAAAUUCGACGAAGAAGGCAGUUAGGCUUGUCUAGUGUUAGCCCCAUACAAUACAAUCAUGAGGCAGCAUUUGAGUCUAGUGAUAGUGAAGCUCUGUGUAAAAGGUUUACGCCCUGUUCACAAUUACAUUUUGACUAUAGCAAGUUGCAGCUGCUAAAAGAAGAUGCUCCACCUCAAGAGAAGUCAAAGUUUUUAUCUGACCUUGGUCUUCUCCCUUCUUCAUCAGAAGUCACUUUAGGUUUUGGAAAUGCAUAUAAGUGGCCAGGUAUAGAUGUUGUAAUGAAGUCUUAUGAAAAAUAUAGAGAAGAACAAAUACAUGAGGCAAAUCUGUUGCGUGGGCGAUGUCAUGAACUGCAGGCAGACAACGAAAAUCUAGAACAAACCUCUCAGUCACUCAACAGGCAUAUGGCUGUAAGUUUUCUGCUGGCAGAAAGACAACGGCUGGAUGAAGAAAGAAAGAAAUUUAAAGAAAAAAUUGGCAGUUUAAAGAAAAACUGCCAGGACCUGAUGUAAUAUGUUGACCGUCAUAUUAUUUAGAGCAAUUGGGUUAAUUUGUCAGCCUGAACACGUUGUUGGGAUUUUUUUUUUAAGUUAUUAUUUAUUUAAAUUGAAUUUGUUGAGAACAUUGACUGAAAACUUAUGCUUUUCUGAAUUUAUUUGUAAAUGGCCUUGAUAAUUGUGUCAUAUAUGUCAUAUAAAUUGAUAUUGUUUUCUUAAAGGUGCCAUACUAUUUUAAGCUUUGUUUGUUAUUAUACACUUCUCUAGGUCAUGUCACAGCAGACUGUUAAUAUAUAAAUAUGGUCUAAAUAUGUUUUUAAUCAAACCCAAUAUUUGUAGGUAAUGAUUUUGUUGCAAACAUAUUGCUAAUCUUUUUUUUUUCAUUAUGUUAUUAAUCAAAAUAGUUUAUUACUAAUACUAUCUGGGGUACCAAUGGGUAUUUGAUUUCUAAACACUUGUAUUGUAAAACUAUUGUAAAUGCACAUUUAAAUUUAGUGAAAGUUGUGCUGGAAAAAAGUGCUGUUUUUUCCACAUGCAAAAAUAUGAAACAUUAUCUUGAGUUAAUAAUAGUCUAUCGAACUUCAUUUGUUCAGUUACUCUAUCCAAAAUCUUACAUUAUUAAGAUCUGUACAUGUGAUCACUACAUUGACAGUUUAUUUGCCAAAAAAAUUUAAAUAAUGUGUCUUUAGCUCUGUAGUGUUUAAUACUUCUGCAACAAGUACAUGUUUGUAUACAGCCUUUCUAUCUGAUAUCAGAUUACACCUACUGUCAAAUUUUUAAACUUAUGUAAAUGAAAGUUAGUUUUGCUUUCUAUGAACCCUGAUUUGUAAUGUCAGAUACAAAGACUUAGGAUACCUUGUCUGUAUCACUCACCCAGUGCUUAAUUGUGCCUUUAAAAUAUACAGAUUGUGGAUAUGAUAAUAGCAGGCAAACUUAACUGUGAAAUAUCAUAGUGAUUUAAGGAGUGAGCUAAAUUAAACUCCAUGACAUUGUUUCUUUACUGAUAUUGUGCUGUGAAUUAUUUGUCACUUUUUAUAUUUAUUACACUGCACACAAUGUUAUAUGUACCUUACAACACUGCCUUGGCAGUGCCUGUUUUUGUUUUCCUUCUUUUUAGUGCCAGAACUUACUGUUGUUUUAUUGUCUAAUGUUUUUUCAGAGUAGUCAUUUUCUCUUUUCUAUACAUAGUUGUACAUAAUAAUCAUUGUCCUUAUACAUCAGUUCUAGUGGUGACUAUUGGUGUUGGGUGCCUUUUUUAAAAUCUAUUUUCUAAUUGUAUUUUUGUUUUGUUGGAACAAUUUUUAUUAAAUUAUGGGGUGUAAUUUUAUAAUCAAUGUUUUUAUAUAUACAGUAAUCUCUAUGUAUAAUUUUGUAUUCCUAUUUAAUACAAAUGAAGUAGGCAGUAUGAUUUUUAUUGUUUUACAUAUGUGAAUGUGCAAUUUAGUGACAUAGUCACUCCCUUAAUACCCCAGGAUCCUUGAACUGUACAUAACAAUUGUAUGUAUUUUAUUACAUGUAGUUUUUUUUUUAAAUAGUUUUUAUUUUUUUACCUCUAAUAAUAUUUUAUAAAUACAUACUAUCUAAAGUAGUUAGUAUUUAAUAUUUCAAAACUAGAUUAUGUUCUACAAACAAAAAGUUUUACAAUACAUUUUCUAAUGAAACUAGUGGGUUGUUUCUAGAGAAGAGUUGUUUUGAUUGAAACAGGUCAGGUUAAUAGACUUCAGUGAAGUUGAAAACUGCUUGUAUUAAAGUAUUGUUCUUAACAUUAAUCAGUAUUUAUUUACAGAUCCAAUGAGAUGAGGUUAAAUAAACUUAUGAAAAAUUACCAAGUAUGUUAAUUUAAAAAGUAAGCAAUAGGUGUUUAUAUAGGGACGCUCCACUAAAACUGUACAUAUCUGUAAAAAAAUAAUUUUAAAGUGAACAUUAAAACAUUAACUCGAAGUUGACUGUCUAGUGGGAAUAUUCUAAAAUUUUUAUUAGCACCCAAGAGAGAAAAAAAAUUGGAAACGCCAGAUAUUUUUAGCUCUCUGGAGUCAAGCAACAAAGAUAUUAUCAAUGUGUCAUAACUAUUCAGUAGCAUUUUUUAGUUAGAAUAUUUAGAAUCAGUAUUUUGUGUUGUAACAUUUUUGUCUUAUUCCUUAACGGAAAUAUGGUUUCAAACUUCUCUAUGACACAUUCCCAAUCAUUUUAAAUUUAUAUCAAGAAUUUGUCCUAAACUAUGAAAUAAAAAUGUUAAAAUUUGAUCAGGACUUGAUUUACAAUCUGUAGAAUUAAAUGUGAAAAAAGCUUAGAAAAAUACAAGAGUUUGUUCAAGGUAUGUAACUGGGUAUUUCCUAGAGAAAGAUGUCAUUGCAGACCCAGUA